GAGGUGAUGACUUUGUAGUUCGUGAUUUGCUCAACACUCUCAUACGUAGCACCGAGCCAGAAAGUAGCAAAACCACAUGUGAAGCUAGUAGUGAAGAGAUGUUCCAUGAUGAUGGUAAUAUCCCAGAAGGUUCUGCGGAAGGUGGAAGUACCCAAGAGCCAAGUGGAUGUGCCAAGGCUUUCUUUUCUUUGCUGAAGGAUGCUGAAAAGGAGUUGUACCCUGGUUGCAAGGAGCUCACGAAGCUUUCUUUCAUUGUGAGACUGUACCAAAUAAAGUGCUUGUUUGGAUUGAGUAACAAGGCUUGUGAGGCAGUACUUCAAUUGUUCACACAAGCGCUUCCAAAAGGUCAUUGUAUUCCAAAUUCUCUUGAGAAAGUUCAGAAGGUUAUCCGGGAUCUUGGGCUAGACUACCAAAAGAUACAUGCUUGUAUUAAUGAUUGUGUGCUAUUUUGGAAGGAGUAUGUUGACAUGGACUAUUGUCCGACCUGUAAGGAAUGUAGAUGGAAAGCUGCUGCCAUUGAUGACUCAGAUGUGGAGAGGAGAAACCAUAAAGGGAAGAAGCAAGUGGCACGUAAAGUUCUAAGAUAUUUCCCACUCACUCCAAGGCUACAACGUCUAUUUAUGACCGAUGCUACAUCAUCAUAUAUGAGAUGGCAUAAGGACGACCGUGUGGAUGAUGGUAUAAUGCGACAUCCUGCAGAUUCUUUGGCCUGGAAGCAUUUUGAUAACAUUUAUGCUAAAGGGUUCUCUUCGGAUGCACGGAAUGUAAGGCUCGGGCUUGCAUCUGAUGGGUUCAACCCGUAUGGGAUAAUGAAUGUGGCAUAUUCUUGUUGGCCAGUGAUUCUAAUUCCAUAUAACUUGCCUCCUUGGUUGUGUUUGAAACAACCAUAUUGGCUAAUGUCGAUGAUAAUUCCUGGAAAAAAGUCACCAGGAAAUAACAUCGAUGUAUAUCUACAACCUUUAAUAGAUGAACUCAAAGAUCUAUGGUAUGUUGGUGCCGACACAUAUGAUGCCACACCGAAGAAGAAUUUUCGGAUGCAUGCAGCCCUCAUGUGGACAAUUAAUGAUUUUCCAGCUUAUGCAAUGCUAUCUGGUUGGAGCACAAAAGGAAAACUAGCAUGCCCAUAUUGCCACACGCAGACAGACCAUUUAUGGUUGAAAUAUGGGCACAAGUACUGUUACAUGGGUCAUCGUCGUUUUCUAAGCCGUGACCACAAGUGGCGUAGAAACAAGAGUUGCUUCAAUAACGAGACAGAAAGUAGAGAUGCUCCAGUUCCACUCUCUGGCAAUGACGUGGUACAACAACAUGCAUGUUUUGAGCAGGAAACAUUUGGAAAAACUAGAAAGAGGAAGCGUGAUGAUGAUAAUAAAUGGCAUAAUUGGAAGAAGAAGAGUAUAUUUUUUGAUCUCCCUUAUUGGAAGAACUUGCUUAUUAGACAUAAUUUGGAUGUUAUGCACAUUGAGAAGAACAUAUGUGACAGCUUUCUAGGAACAUUGCUUGAUAUGGAUGGUAAAUCAAAGGAUACUCUGAAGGCCCGUCUUGAUUUGCAGCAUUUAAAGAUAAGGAAGGAUCUGCAUCCAAAUGUGAGUAAUGGAAAGUAUACUUUAAAUCCAGCUUGUUAUAAUUUGACCAAGGAUGAGAAGAAAAUGCUAUGCAAGUUUUUGCAUGGUGUAAGGAUGCCCGAUGGUUAUGCAUCAAACUUAAAAAGAUGUGUGGACGUCAAAGGUUGUAAGGUGUCUGGACUCAAAACUCAUGACUGCCAUGUCCUCUUCGAGAAACUUCUUCCCAUUUGGGUACGCAACAUACUCCCCAAGAAAUUUGUUGUUCCAUUCCUCGAGCUUAGCCUAUUUUUUGCUGCGAUUUAUUCCAAGGAAUUGAAUCCUGAAGAGCUAGUGAAGUUGAGCCGGACAAUUCCAGAAACUCUGUGUCGACUUGAGAUGAUCCUGCCACCACAGUUUUUUGAUAUCAUGAUUCACCUUCCUAUUCACCUUGCCGAAGAAGCUCGAUUAGGUGGACCUGUCGCUUACCGAUGCAUGUAUCCCGUGGAAAGAUAUUUGCGCACACUUAAAGGAUAUGUACGGAACAAGGCUCACCCAGAAGGUUCAAUUGCCGAGGGCUACAUAGCUGAAGAGUGUCUAACCUUUUGUAGCCGUUUUUUUGAUAACAUUGAUACCAAACUAAACCGGUCAGAGCGUCAUGAAGCUGCAACUAGAGAUGAAGGACCAGCUGGACUUAGUGUAUUGGGCACACUUGAUCACUCAAAGAAAGGUUUCACAUUUGAAACACUUUCUAAGGCAGAGAUGAAGAAAAUUAGGCACUACAUAAUAACAAACUGCGAGGAAGCCAACUCAUGGAUCGAUGAGCAUUUGGAUGAACUUACAAGGACUGGUGCUCGCAUUGUCCAGAAACGGCACAAAAACGAGUUUGUAGAUUGGUUCGAGAGGCGUGUAAGGACAUAAUAUGUAGUAAUUACUUAUGAUCAUGCUAAUAAAAAUACUUU